AUGAGAGUUCUACAUUUUAUUUACCUGUCAUCAAUAAAGCAUCCGGACUUAAUUCACAAAAAACCAGUCAAUUUCGGAAGUAUGGAGACAAUAACAAUAAAAAAGCAACAGGUCUCGAGUGAUACUGCAGAAUCAAAUCCGAUCAAUCUCGUCAAAGAAGUUAAAUCAGUGGAAAAAGUUUUCAAGAAUUUUCCAAAGCUUAUUUCACCCAUGAAGUCAUACAAUAAAAAAGAUAAUAAAUCAUCAAUUGAGAAACGUGGAAAACAUUCAAAGUCUAAGAAGGUGAAAUCUAAGAAAGAACAAAAGACAAAAAUUGAACCAGCUGAAGUAACUGAAGUAAAGCCAAUAGGAGAACGGUUGAUCGACGCUAACAUUAGACGUAUGAUUGAUAACUACGCAAUGAGUAUUGAAUAUUUGGCACUUCGAAGUGCUCAUGAAGAAGCAAUGAGACGUUUCUUGUUAAACGCAAACUGCGAUAAUAUUCUUUACUGGUAAACUAAAACCAAAGCCAUUAUUAUGAGUAAUGUGAGCAAAUAGAAAAUGGCAAUAGCAUGGAAUGAGAUAAAGAUUUUGUGUAUCUGUUGAGUAAUUUCCAAUCAUAUUUGUUCUUUUCUUAGAACUCAUUUGAAUUCUUAAAUUUUUAAUGAUUAUCUAUAACUCUGUAACGGUAUUAUGAAUUUCAAACUUAAAUUUUUUUUUUAAAUUUUAUUGGGCCGUUACAGAAUUAUAG